CACAGCUCCUUCUUCUCCAGCCAUUGAGAAUUCGAGCUAGAGAGCCAGCAUGCUCUGUUAAGUGGAAAUCCUGCCACUUCAAGACAUGGAGUCAUCUUUCUCAUUUGGAGUGAUCCUUGCUGUUCUGGCCUCCCUUAUUAUUGCUGCUAAUGCCCUAGUGGCUGUGGCUGUGCUAUUGUUGAUCCACAAGAAUGAUGGUGUCAGUCUCUGUUUCACCUUGAAUCUGGCUAUGGCUGACACCUUGCUUGGUGUGGCCAUUUCUGGCCUAGUCACAGACCAUCUCUCCAGCCUGGCAUGGCCCACACAGAAGACCUUGUGUACUCUUCGGAUGGCAUUUGUCACUUCCUCUGCAGCUGCCUCUGUCCUCACGGUCAUGCUGAUUGCCUUUGACAGGUACCUUGCCAUCAAGCAGCCUCUCCGCUACUUCCAGAUCAUGAACGGGCUCAUGGCUGGAACUUGCAUUGCUGGGCUAUGGUUGGUGUCCUACCUCAUCGGCUUCCUCCCACUCGGAGUUACAAUAUUCCAGCAGACCACUUACCAGGGGCCCUGCAGCUUCUUCGCUGUAUUUCACCCACGCUUCAUGCUUACACUCUCCUGUGUUGGCUUCUUCCCAGUUCUGCUCCUCUUUGUCUUCUUCUACUGCGACAUGCUCAAGAUUGCCUCUGUGCACAGCCAGCAGAUUCGAAAGAUGGAACACACAGGAGCCGUGACUGGAGCUUACCGGCCUCCACGGAGUCCCAGUGACUUCAAGGCUGUCUGUACUGUGGCGGUUCUCAUUGGGAGCUUCACUCUGUCCUGGACCCCAUUCCUUAUCACUGGCAUUGUGCAGGUAGCCUGCCAGGAGUGCCACCUCUACCUAGUGCUGGAACGGUACCUGUGGCUGCUUGGUGUGGGCAACUCCCUGCUCAACCCACUCAUCUACGCCUAUUGGCAGAAGGAGGUACGUCAGCAGCUCUACCAAAUGGCCCUGGGAGUGAAGAAGGGGCUUACCUCAUUCCUCCUCCUUCUCUCAGCCAGGGAUAAUGGCCCAGAGGAGUCUAGGGAAAGUUCCUGUUACAUUACCACUAUCUCCCACUCACAGCUUGAUGGCUAAAAGGGUAAGGGCAAAGAAGUUUCAAAGUGCCUUCUCUGUCCCCUCUCUGGGUCCCAACUAGAAAAUUAGAGGAAACUAGGGGGAUGAGA